GCACUUCUGGUUUGGAUGUGUUCGGUUCUGACAUAGGGGCGCUUCUCCCAGCCAUGAAGACCGUGCAUGAGUGGGAGGCGGAGGGAGGUGACUCCAACAGCGCCGUCACGUCCUGGGUGUCAGUCUGCCCGGGGGGGCUCUGGAAGGUCCUGAGGAGGAGAACUCAAGAGAGGGGGGUCGGGGAUCAGACCCCCAAAAUGGGCUCGCUGUGCAAAAUUCGGGUGCAGGCCAAAACUGAUCGAUGUCCGGACACGCAGACGCAGGAUUCGCCCUGCGGAGAGGUGACCGACGCUUCGGCGCAAGUCGUCCCCUACCCUCGCUCCCAGACCUCGGUGCUGCAGGUUCCCCUGAACGCGUGGGCCUUCGUGCGACUCGGGGAGGGGCAGUGUGACGUCGUCGAGGGCUGCGUGGAAGGAAUGAAGGCCGGGGAGAAGUGUGAGCUGCUAGUUACUGCUGUGGAGUCUGAUUCCAAACCCAAGCCUGGAUUUGCUCAGCCAAGUGGCGGCACAGGGGAGCGGUGUCCCACGAAAGACGGGUUGGCGGCUCAAGGGCGGCCUCACGAUAGCCCUCUUUGUUUUGUAGUAGAGCUUCACUCUUUCACCCCUGGGUGGGAAUCGUGGGAAAUGACCCCGGGGGGAAAGUGGGCCUGGGUGAAAGGUCACAGGGAGAGGGGAGGGCAGAGGUUUCGGGAGGGUGACGUGUGGGGCGCGGCAGACUGCUACAGCCGGGCGCUCAAGCUGCUCAUCACUUUGAAAGGAGAGAAGGGAGGAGAAAAGCAUGGGAAGAAAGGAGGAGAGGAGGAAGGGGGUGAGACGAAGGGAGUGAUUCAGGAAAAGGAAGAGGGGGAGAGCAGACAAGAUGGCGGUGGACAGGAUGAAAUGGAAGGGGAGCAGAGGAACAGGACAGGUGUGGAAGGGGCAAGCAAAGUAACGGACUCUGUGACAAGGAGUGAGAAGACUGUGCCUGAAAAUAUGCUGAAAACAUUCCCGGAAGAAGAGUGCCCACUGUCUGAAGAGGAGUACAACACGGUCAAAGCAGGACUGCACUCCAACCUCUCCCUGUGCCAGCUCAGACUAGGCCAGCCGGCAAAAGCUCAACGGAGCAGCUCUAAGGCCACUGAGCUGGACCCGACCAGCGUAAAGGCCUGGUACCGGCUUGGGCAGGCCUGUUCUCAGAUUGGGGAGCUAGCGAUGGCCCGCGCCGCCCUUAAGAGGGUCCUUGAGCUUCAGCCAGGGUCUGCGUCAGCCCUGAAGGCCCUAAGAGAAGUGGACGCUAGAGAGAGAGACCUGGACAGCAAACUUGGCAAACGACUCAGUAAGAUGUUCACCUAGGGCUGUGUCUUUGCUGCC